ACACUCCCUCCAGGGUAAAAAAACUACCCCUGGAAAGGACCCACAAUAAUACGAAGCCUUGUUAAUUAACUGUGUGUGCUCAGGUAAAGAAUUAGAUAUGAGCAUAAAACGGACCACUUCACAUCAAUACACGAUACCAGGAGCGCCGUCGUCCACUUGUUACCAUCUUAAAAACGUGAAGAGCAAACGUGUAUGGACGACAAAAUGUUUAACCCGUCCGCUGCGAUUGUCACGAAUUUGGCCUUCACUGGCAGCCUGGUAACUUACACUCCCAGGUCUUUCUCUGCCUCUGUGGUGGAUAGUGGAGUGUUUCCCAUGUGGUACUGGUGUGGUGGAUAUCCCUUCACUGGUAGCCUGGUAACUUACACUCCCAGGUCUUUCUCUGCCUCUGUGGUGGAUAGUGGAGUGUUUCCCAUGUGGUAUUGGUGUGCUGGAUAUCCCUUCACUGGUAGCCUGGUAACUUACACUCCCAGGUCUUUCUCUGCCUCUGUGGUGGAUAGUGGAGUGUUUCCCAUGUGGUACUGGUGUGGUGGAUAUCCCUUCACUGGUAGCCUGGUAACUUACACUCCCAGGUCUUUCUCUGCCUCUGUGGUGGAUAGUGGAGUGUUUCCCAUGUGGUAUUGGUGUGCUGGAUAUCCCUUCACUGGUAGCCUGGUAACUUACACUCCCAGGUCUUUCUCUGCCUCUGUGGUGGAUAGUGGAGUGUUUCCCAUGUGGUAUUGGUAUGCUGGAUAUCCCUUCACUGGUAGCCUGGUAACUUACACUCCCAGGUCUUUCUCUGCCUCUGUGGUGGAUAGUGGAGUGUUUCCCAUGUGGUAUUGGUGUGGUGGAUAUCCCUUCACUGGUAGCCUGGUAACUUACACUCCCAGGUCUUUCUCUGCCUCUGUGGUGGAUAGUGGAGUGUUUCCCAUGUGGUAUUGGUGUGCUGGAUAUCCCUUCACUGGUAGCCUGGUAACUUACACUCCCAGGUCUUUCUCUGCCUCUGUGGUGGAUAGUGGAGUGUUUCCCAUGUGGUAUUGGUGUGCUGGAUAUCCCUUCACUGGUAGCCUGGUAACUUACACUCCCAGGUCUUUCUCUGCCUCUGUGGUGGAUAGUGGAGUGUUUCCCAUGUGGUAUUGGUGUGCUGGAUAUCCCUUCACUGGUAGCCUGGUAACUUACACUCCCAGGUCUUUCUCUGCCUCUGUGGUGGAUAGUGGAGUGUAUCCCAUGUGGUAUUGGUGUGCUGGAUAUCCCUUCACUGGUAGCCUGGUAACUUACACUCCCAGGUCUUUCUCUGCCUCUGUGGUGGAUAGUGGAGUGUUUCCCAUGUGGUAUUGGUAUGCUGGAUAUCCCCUCCCAAGGUGCAAGACUACAUUUUUCUUCAUUGAAUUGUAGCAGCCACUUUUUGUUCCAUUCCUGUAGCUUGGUGAUGUCUUCUGGUAGGAAAUCCGCAGUCAAUGGGUUAAUAAUAUGGCCC